AUGAAUGCGCCGCACGAAGAGGCCGCCGAGUUCGCGAAAGUCAGCAAGCGCGAGAACCGCGUCUACGUCGGCAAUCUCAGCUACGACGUCAAGUACAGGGACCUGAUGGAAUUCAUGCGGGGAGCUGGAGAGGUCCUGUUCGCCGAAGUUUUGAUCACCCCCACCGGCGUCUCCAAGGGAUGCGGUAUCGUCGAAUAUGCCUCGCAAGAGGACGCUCAGCGGGCCAUCCGCGAACUCUCCGAACAACUUCUGCUUGGGCGACCGGUCUUCAUUCGCGAAGUGAGACGAGAACACGAGUCGCGGUUCGGUGCGACGCCUGUUCCAGGUAAGAUUGGUAUGGCUAUGGCCGGCCAAGGGUUGCACGCCGCACCACCGCCACGCCCUGCCUCGCACAACUACUUCGGAGGCCAAACUGCCAACCCAGGCAAUCAGCUGUAUGUUGGAAACCUCCCGUAUCAAGCCGGAUGGCAAGACUUGAAAGACCUGUUCCGCUCUGCAGGAAACAUCAUCCGGGCAGACAUCAAUAUUGGUGCCGAUGGUCGCCCCAAGGGGUCCGGUACCGUAAUUUUCGAGACCUCAAAAGAUGCCCAACAGGCCAUCAGUAUGUAUGUACAACGGUUCGAUUGGUACGGGCGCACACUAGAAGUCCGAGAGGACCGUUACGCGGGUCUUUCCGGCCCAGGGUCCUACCGUGGUGGCCUCCGUGGUGGCCCCCGUGGUGGCCCACGGGGUGGCCCCAGAGGUGGACUCCGGGGUAGCCACCGUGGAGGCGCUUACGGCGGCGCUGGCGCUGGUGGCGGCCGAGAGUUCAACGAGGGCCUCUACGCGCCCUACUCCGGUCCUGACCAGGCUGGUGGUGCCGCCCUGAACGGAUUUGACGCCGGCUAUCCCGCUGCGUAUCCCGGCUUUGAAGCUGAGCCGAGCCAGCAGAUCAUGGUCCGGAACCUGCCGUGGUCUACGGCGAACGAGGAUUUGGUGGAGCUGUUUGAGACCACCGGCCAGGUAGAGCUGGCCGAGAUCUUGUUCGAGGGUACCCGUUCGAAGGGCUGUGGUGUCGUGCAGUUUGGCCAGGUGACGGAGGCUGAGACUGCCAUCGCAAAAUUCCAGCAAUACAUGUAUGGUGGCCGUCCUCUGGACGUGCGCUUCAAUGACCGCUGGCACACUUUCACGCCUAGCGCCGCAAAGGGCGGUCAAGCUGUCCCCAUUCAAGCAGAAGCUGCUUGA